ACCUCCAUCUUCACACUCAAAGACCAUUCAUUUGAAACUUCAUUCUCCUCUCCAUCAAUGGCGCUUCGUAAAUUGCUCUCGAAGCAUCUUUCUGAUAAUUACAAAAUAGCACCAUCGACGGGGACUUUACAACACUCACCUAUCUUUUCUCCUACUAAGUUUCAACCCUCACUAACAUCAAAUGCAGCAAAAACCAACUUUCAUAGAGAGUCCCUGACCUCGCCAGAAUCCUCUGAUAAAGGAUUUUUUCGACGAUUCCUUCACCGAAAUGCCAUGAACCAGUUGCCUGAGUUUCUCUCCGUGCCAGUUGGAGAGAAGCUGAGGGAGAAGCUUAAAGGCAUUAAUAUUAAUGGAGAACGUCUCCACCUAAAUGCACUCACUCCUCCAACAACGCAAGAAACAGCUACCGGAGAUCCUAAUCUGUUUGGAAUCUCAGUUGUGGAUGCGAGGAAGCUUUUGAGACUCUCGCAGGUGGAGAAGCUGAAAAUGAAGUUCAAGGAGAUUCCAAAGGCAUCAAUUUCGUACUCUGAGUUUAUUCAGUUAUGUGUGGAGGAAUGCGGCAAUGAACAUCAAGGAAUUGAAUUUGCUAAGACGUUGGAUCAAUCCGGAAACGUCAUCAUUCUGGGAAACACUGUCUUUCUUCGGCCCGAGCAGGUGGCCAAAUCAAUGGAGAGCAUAAUCUCUCAAUCCAUGGCUCUUCCUAAUGACCCGAGAAGGAAACAACUGGAGCAGAUGGAGCAGCAAAAGGCUAUAAUUGACAAAAAGGCUCAAGCCCAAGUUCGGGGUGAGCUUUAUUGUGGACUAGGUUUCUUAGUGGUCCAAACACUCGGGUUCAUGAGGCUCACUUUCUGGGAACUAAGUUGGGAUGUAAUGGAGCCAAUAUGCUUCUUCGUCACCUCACUUCAUUUCGCCCUUGCCUACGCUUUCUUUCUUAGGACAUCCGUUGAACCAUCUUUUGAAGGCUACUUCCGGCGCCGCUUCAAAGCCAAGCAAAAGAAACUCAUGCAAAUCCACAGCUUCGAUUUGCAAAAAUAUAACGAACUUCGAAAAGCAUUUUAUCCAAACUUGGGUUAUGGGUUUCCGCACUCGGAACACUACAAGCCAUUGAACAGCAAGGAGGGAGAAUUUCUUAGAUCCAUGCACUACUAAUAUGAGAUUGUAAAUUUUCCAAGACGCAAAUAUAGCACAAACUCGGAUUGUAUAGACAUCGUAAGUGUUUCCUUAAAUACCGUAAUGGAGGAAUAGGAUCUAACAGUGAGACAUGUUUAUAUUUGGGCAGUGUCCUUUGGGCCUAAGUUCUCAGUAAUUUUAGACAGGCUCUUGGUCUUAGCCCCCCAAAAUCAAUUGUAUCUGCAUGUCCAUUGUGGAAUAUGGAUUAUAUUCCUCUGCUACAGAUUCUGAAAAUUGUACAGCGCUGUAAAGCAUACAUGCCCAUGUUCAAGUACCUUAAUUUUGUCUAGAAUUUUAUUUUCCUGGUAAAAGCUGAAUAAUUAAUUAAUUAUACAAUC